AUGGUGUCAGCUCACAGUAAACGAAACACCUCCCGUCCAGUCUUCACCUCUCACGAACGAGCCCUCGCAAAAUCACACUGGUCAUCUUCGUCCGCUCGCCUUCACCGCGACUCCUUCCUCCCGUUUGGCUCGUGUGGCCUGUGUCUCAACAUUGCCCGCGAACCUGUCUCAUGCCGACGCGGCGAUAUAUUCUGCCGCGAAUGCGCACUAUCGAACAUACUCACGCAGAAGAAGGAAAUCAAACGCGCCCAGAAGGCGCGCGCCGCUGCUGAGGAAGAGGCCGCUAAGCAAAAAGCGCACGAGGAUGAGCUGGAUCGCGAGCGCGCCAUCCAAGACUUUGAGUUGACGCAGGCUGGUCUCGAUCGCAAGAACAAGCCAAACGUAGCCAAGACCGAAGAUGAAAGGGUGGAUGCGACAAUCGGCGAUUCGAACUCGCAAGCUUUGGUAAUAGGAGGUACGAAGCGUAAGUUUGAACUCGACAAAGAUGAACUGGAUCGCAUUGCGCGCGAAGACAAGGCUGCGAAACCACAUCUCCCAUCAUUCUGGACUCCAUCGCUUACACCAGACGCCCAAUCCAGCAAACUCCCGCCAGUUGCGAAGAAAGACAAGACCGUACCAACUUGUCCAGCAUCUGCAUCCGACAGUCCCCACCCUAUCACCAUGCAGAAUCUCAUCACAAUCAACUUCAACGAAGAGGAAACGUCAAAGGGCAAGCAGAGGACUUGCCCAUCAUGCUUAAAGAUGCUCACAAACGCCUCCAAUCCCAUGAUGUCCAGAGAGUGCGGUCACGUUUUGUGUCACAGUUGCGUUAAACAGUUCAUGAUCCCAUCAUCCAAAAUGUCAUCUUCUGAGGAUGUCCAACCCCUGACCUGCUACGUCUGCGACGUACCUCUGACCUCCAAGUCACACAAGACAGAUACCGGCCCUGGAUCUUUGAUACCUGGCUUGAUAGCCCUCCAGUCAGAGGGGACAGGCUUUUCAGCUCACGGAGGAAACACCGUGGAGCGAUCGAGCGUUGCUUUCCAAUGUUGA